AUAGACGCGCGUUGAUAUCUUCAAACAUGAAAGCACCAUUGUAUUCUUCUGGACGAGUAAACAAAACAAACUGAUUGACUCUGAAAAUCCACCGACAUCCUCAAAGUUUUUCUGCAUUUUCUUCGAUCGAUGAUCAAAUUUCAAUAAUCAAUAACAGACUCUUUCUCCUACAGCUCGAAACUCAAUGGACGAACCUCGCAAGCAUCAGGUAUCGUUAAGAGGAGCAAGUGCGAAAGAGAUUUCCAGAGACGCACUUCUUGAAAAAGUGUAUCAUGAACGAGAGCUUCGUAAUUAUGCUAGACGAGCUACUGCUUCCGCACACUUUGUCCAGAGAGUUUGGAGGCGGUAUAUUGUGACGAAAAAGGUGGCCUUGCAGCUUCAAGAGGAAUGGGGAAACAUGUUGCACCAUUACAAUGGUCCAAUGACUGCCCCUUGGAUUUCCAACAGCCUUUUGAGGCCUUUUCUUUUCUUUGUUCGAUGUUUAUCGGUUCGGCAUGGGAAGAUUUCCUCACGAGAUGCAUUCUGUAUGCAGAGUUGCUUUAAGAUUCUGUUGGAAAGCAUAAAUUGUACUGAUUCAAGAAAGAACUUUUGCUUGCUAUCAGUGGGGUCACUUGAAGAAAGAAGAAUGUGGAUAUACCAAGCAAAGAAGCUAAUUUGUCUUUGCUCGUUCAUCCUUGCCGAGUGUGAUAAAUCUCAUGCAAUCGGACAAGAUAUUUUUGUUCUUACCUCUUUAGCAUUGCGUUUUCUGGUUGUCUUAACUGAUCUGAAGGGCUGGAAAAGCAUUUCCAACGAUAGUCUUGAAGAUGCAGAUGCAGUAGUAAAUGAGUUGGUUAGGUUUAUGGGAAGCUGUAAAAGUGGCCUUUACAUGUCUAUCGGAAGAUACAUCAACAAAUUGGAUAUUCAAUUCUGUUCACAAACAAAAGAUAUGGUCCGGAGCCUCCAGGCAGAUGAUAAAUUCUUGAUUACUGCCACUGCAGUAACUUUAUCUCUGCGACCAUUUCAUGCUUCAAACUUCAAAAUAACUGAAGCCAACCUGCCAGACAUGAACUCAGCUUUUGUUCAGUACAUUUUGUUUAUACUUACAAUUCCUAGGCUUACUCAACGUCUGCCAGCUGUUCUUGUAUCUGCUCUAAAGCACAAGUCUAUUCUUUCACCAUGCCUCCAGACUCUACUGAUUUUGAGGGAUAAUUUAUUAACAGAGAUGUUGCAGAUGGAUCAUUUGAAAAGUCAGCAUUCUUCCAAAGUGAUUCCUUCUGUAGGCUGGGCUCUUGCAAACAUUCUUUGCCUUGCUGCAGGAAGCGAGAAUGAUUUUGUGGAUCCUGGAGGGCUCAAUCAAAAUCUAGAAUAUGCAUUAUAUGUCCAUGUUGUGACUAUUCUUGCUGAGAGCUUAUUGUCAUGGCUUCAUGGUAGUAGAUGGAUUAAAAAGGAUAACCAAUUUCCUCAGGUUCAUGGUGAAUCAUCGGCAGAACCUGUUGGUGAAGUUUUAUAUGAGAAUGAAAACACGUCUUCCUUGAAUACGUGUUUUAUGGAUCUACUGAGGCCUGCUUCUCAGCAGUGGCAUCUUACAAAACUUUUAGCACUCUCAAACACUGAUGGCCAUAUUCAGACAGAUGAGACUUCGAUUGUACAGGCUCUGACUGCACAAAAUACCAAGCACUUAGGGAAGUUGGAACUGUUGGAUGUUGCACAUUUCUAUUCUUACAUGCUUAGAAUAUAUUCAAUUUUCAACCCUCCACUUGGGGCAUUGCCUAUUCUUAAUAUGUUAUCAUUUACACCUGGAUAUCUUGUCACUUUGUGGGGAACACUAGAAAGGUUACUUUUUCCUGGGGAAGUUACUGCUCAUUCCACAAGUAAUAUUUUGAGGAAUAAAAACGAUGGGGACAGUGAAAAAAAACAAAAGCAGCUAAAUAAAGAAGGAGGUAAUAAAUGGGUGAAUAUUCUCCAAAAAUUUACUGGCAAGUCCCAAGCUGGUGAUGGCAAUAAUUAUUCAGUUGAUGGGAAACCCAGUGCACAGGUAGAGGACGACUUGCAAGAUAUUUGGGAUGUAAAAAUUUUGCGGUGUGGUCCACAAAAAACUUCAAAAGAUAUUUCAUGUCUACUUCAUCUGUUCUGUGCCACGUACUCCCAUCUGCUUUUGGUACUGGAUGACAUCGAGUUUUAUGAAAAACAGGUCCCAUUCAUGUUGGAGCAGCAGAAAAGAAUUGCAUCCAUGCUCAAUACAUUAGUGUACAAUGGUUUGGCCCAUAAUACAGGUCAGGAGAGUAGAUCUCUGUUGGAAUCUGCAAUCAAGUGCUUGCAUAUGAUGUAUGAAAGGGAUUGCAGGCACCAGUUUUGCCCCCCUGUUUUGUGGCUUUCACCUGCUAGAAAGAGCCGACCACCAAUUGCAGUUGCUGCCAGAACGCAUGAAAGUGUCUUAUCUAAUCUGAAAUCAGAUGAUUCUGCCACUGCUCCAAGUAUAGGGUCAAUAAUUACUACUAUUCCACACGUAUAUCCUUUUGAAGAAAGGGUUCAAAUGUUUAGAGAAUUCGUCAACAUGGACAAAGUAUCUCGAAAAAUGGCUGGUGAAGUCACCGGACCGGGUUCUAGGGCAGUCGAGAUUGUAGUUCGGCGGAGUCAUAUUGUUGAAGAUGGAUUCCGGCAAUUAAACACACUUGGAUCAAAAUUAAAGUCAUCUAUUCAUGUUUCAUUUGUUAGUGAAUGUGGCAUUCCAGAGGCUGGCUUAGAUUAUGGUGGAUUAUCAAAGGAGUUUCUAACUGAUAUAUCUAAAGCAGCUUUUUCCCCUGAGUAUGGCCUAUUCUCCCAAACAUCAACCUCAGAAAGACUGAUAAUUCCUAAUCCGAGUGCAAGAUGUUUAGAGAAUGGUAUCCAGAUGAUUGAAUUUCUUGGAAGAGUCGUCGGGAAAGCUCUUUAUGAAGGAAUAUUGCUUGAUUAUUCCUUUUCACAUGUUUUUGUACAGAAGUUGUUAGGUCGAUACAGCUUUCUUGAUGAACUAUCAACACUUGAUCCAGAACUGUACAGGAAUCUCUUGUACGUGAAGCAUUACGAUGGUGAGGUCAAGGAUCUCUUCCUGGACUUCACAGUUACUGAAGAAUCAUUUGGGAAACGGCAUGUUGUUGAGCUUAAACCUGGUGGCAAAGAUGUUUGUGUGACAAAUGAGAACAAGAUGCAGUAUAUCCAUGCAAUAGCAGAUCAUAAACUAAACCGACAGAUAUUGCCCUUUUCAAAUGCAUUUUACAGGGGACUAACAGAUCUCAUAUCACCAUCUUGGUUAAAGUUAUUUAAUGCAAGUGAAUUUAAUCAGUUACUUUCAGGUGGUGACUUUGACAUUGAUGUUGAUGAUCUAAGAAGCAACACACGUUACACAGGUGGCUACUCUGAGGGGAGUCGAACCAUCAAACUUUUCUGGGAGGUAAUCAAAGGAUUUGAACCAAAUGAACGGUGCAUGCUGCUUAAAUUUGUCACCAGCUGUUCUCGGGCUCCAUUACUUGGGUUCAAACACUUGCUGCCAUCCUUUACCAUCCAUAAGGUAGCAUGUGAUGCCUCUCUUUGGGCAACAAUAGGAGGACAAGAUGUGGAGCGCCUUCCAUCAGCUUCUACGUGCUACAAUACUCUCAAGCUUCCAACGUAUAAACGUCCAAGCACUUUGAGAGCAAAACUUCUUUAUGCAAUCAGUUCCAAUACUGGAUUUGAACUUUCUUAGGGAAUUGAUCUUUGUGAUGUUCACGUUUCAGAGUGGGCACAUACCAUUAUCAGAAGGUUUCACUGUCAUAUCCAAGAGUGGCUGGUAGAUAUUAAAGACCACGAGUUUGAGGCCCGGGAGAGUACUUACGAGACCCUGAGAGGUGGUGUUUAAUUUAUCAUUGAAGGCAACGGCAUCCGUGUUGAACCUUUCGACACACAGGUUGCUUCCUGCACCAAAGAUCGUGAUAGCAGCAGGCAAACACCCAGUUGGUGGAAGGUUUGUCACACCAAUCCUUCGUGCUCCCAGUGUAUAUAGUGUCUGGUGGUAAGCGGAAAUUUCAUUAGUGUCAGUUAUUUAGAUGCAAAUCUCGAUUCGUGUUUGUCCAAAAUCCAAAUAAUUGAGAUGAAAAUACGCGACUGAACUAUGGUCUGUAAUUUCCCAUAUACAGCAGAUUAUGUAAACAUAUAAGAUUGUGCCCGAGAUCCUGUUCUUAUUCUACUGCAUCGAAGUUCGGCGAAGGUAA